AAACCGGCAGGUGAAACACUGCAACAGUAACAACGAGACGGUCCAAAUGUAACAGCGAAACAUGGAGCAGGGGGAGGAAGGGCAUUGUGCCAUUGUGAAGUCUAUGUAAACAGUCUGGCUCCUUUAGCACUGAUUGGCUUUAAGGCUUCUCCCCUCAACGCGAAUUGUUAGCUGAUUAAGAUCUGGGUUCCGAGGGUUUGGUUAGUUUCGUUUUGCAACCGACUCGCUGGAGAAACGGGCCGGUUUCAGUUUUAAGGGAGGGCUGCGGGUGGGGGUGGGGGGGAGGUGGGUUAAAUUUGAACCCCCCCCCCCUUAGAUUUUCAUCAGUAUUUGUGUGAGCCCAUUAAUGAUAUGGCUGAUGAACCUUCCUUGCCUCUCUCUGCCCGCUUGUCCUAUGCGGUCGGACACUUUCUGAAUGACUUGUGCGCGUCCAUGUGGUUCACUUAUCUCUUGGUUUAUUACCACACCGUGCUGGCCAUUAACAACUACAAUGCGGGUAUCCUGCUACUGAUCGGGCAGAUAGCGGACGGGAUCUGCACCCCACUCAUCGGCUACGAGUCUGAUCGCACUCCCGGCUGCGGGAAAUACGGCAAGAGGAAGACGUGGCAUCUGAUUGGAAGCAUCAGUGUCCUUCUAUCUUUUCCCUUCAUUUUCAACCCUCCAGUUGGCAGCAGAGAAGACAUUCCACAGUGGGCUGAGCUCAUUUACUUUGUUCCGUUCAUUGUUAUAUUCCAGUUUGGGUGGGCUGCGACUCAGAUCUCCCACCUGUCCUUGAUACCCGAGCUUGCCACCAACGAUCACGAGAGGGUUGAGCUCACCGCUUUUAGGAAUGCUUUUACCGUUGUAGCUAAUAUUACAAUUUAUGGGAUUGCAUGGCUGCUGUUUCACUUUCAGGCUGAACAGUCAGCAGAUCCUGACAUUGACAGCCACCUAGGCAGACAGGAUGUCCCCCUGUUCAGGACCUUGGCUCUAAUUGUUAUUGGAAUUGGAUUUGUCUCUUCAUUGAUGUUCCACAUUGGAACACAGGAGAAUCUGAGAAAUGAAGAGGAACAUGUUGUCACUGAACAGACACCGAUCAUCAAUAAUUCCAAAAAAGGCUCCAGUCGGUCACUACUGCAGUGGAAACAUUGGCUGAAGGAAGUGUCUUUUUAUCAUGUGGCAUUUAUGUAUAUGUGCACUCGACUGAUCAUCAACCUAUCGCAGGCCUACAUCGCCAUGUAUGUAACCUACACUCUGAAGCUUCCAAAGAACUACAUUGCCAUGAUUCCUCUGGUGAUGUACAUCAGUGGAUUUCUGUCCUCAUUCCUCAUGAAACCUGUGAAUAAAUGCUUUGGCAGAAAUAUGACCUACUUUUUUGGGCUUGUGAUGAUCCUGGCGUUCGCCUAUUGGGUCUGGUUUUUUCAAAUGGAGAAGAGCAUCUUUGGUGCGGCAGUCCUUCUGGGCACAGGUUCUACCACAAUUCUGGUGACAUCACUCGCCAUGACUGCCGAUCUCAUAGGAGAAAACACUCAAAGUGGGGCCUUUGUCUAUGGCUCUAUGAGUUUCACAGAUAAAAUAGCCAAUGGUCUUGGUGUGAUCAUUAUCCAGGGUUUUCACCCUUGCAAGACUGAAAAUUGCUGUGCACAAUGUAGUCCGUUCUACCAUUUGGUGAUGGUAUUAGUGACUGGUGGCGUUGCCUGUGCAGCACUUGUUUGUUUAGGAACUUUCCAAAUUUGGCCAGUCAAGAUUAGGAGACAUCAUGAUAUUGGAGUAAUAGGAUCCUCAACUGAGAAGAGCAUUGAUUCGAGUGACUAUGGAGCAAUAAAUUGAUGAAUCUUGCCUGGCGCCAGACACAGUUAAAAUGAGACACUAAUAACCUUGUACGACGUAUCUUAACAUCCUAAACCAACGAUACUUCAUGCUUUGGAACUGGUUUUGAAUCUACCUCUUUCAGUUGGCUCCACGAUGUGUGGGGGUACAAGAUUGAUAUAAAUGUUCCAAUGACUGUGUCUCGAAUGUAGAAAUCUUGGAAUGUACAGGAAAUUGGUCACUUUCUGUGUGAUCGCUUUAAUUUCUUUAUUUAUAUAAACCCAUAUGAAGGAUGAAUUUAGGUCCGUACUAAUGGUUGGAAUGGUCUUGAUACUGUAUUCUAGUCAUAAUAUUUUAAUGUCUUUUGCACUUUCUAACCAAUGGUUUGAUACACUUUUGUUGGGGAAAUUCACUGUUUAGAUCACCUUUUUCUCCCGUAUAAAGCAGCAUAUUCCCAAAUCCUGCUUUUAAGAUGGUGUAAACUCAAGCAUAACUAAGCUCACUUCUUGCAGCAGAAGCUACAUAUGGCGAUAGAAUGCGAGCUGCAGCAGCCUGUGGAAAAGGGAAAUUUACUUGCACCAACGCCAAUGAAACAGGGCCAGAAAUUUUUGAUACUUUUGAAUAUACAAAUAUCUCUGAAGUGAACCUUCCACAUCGCACCCCAUAGUUAUACAAGAUGAUGAACAGAAUUACUUGUAUAAUAUCAGUCACUGUAUGUAAACAUGUUACACACUUAGCAAAAUUAAAAUGUCUAAUUUUUUUUUUUAAAAGAGCUGCACUUUUUUUAAAAUGUUGAUUGAAGGAGUACAGCCAUACUCUGGUGUCAUGCAUGUGAUUAUUAAUCUUCGAUCAAAGUGAGAUAACUUGAGUAAUGUUUUUUGUUGGCCUUUAUUAUGCUUCUAUAUGUAAUGAUUCUUCAACUUUUAAUGCUCUUAUGAGGGAGUAUGUCUGUAUGGGUGAAUACAUAUAUUCAAUACUCCUGGACCAUGAACCAACUUUAUAGCUACUUUUUUUUUUAUUCACAGUAUGAUUAAUGUUGACUGUCUUUAAAAUGUUUGUAUUGGAUGAACUAAUAAAUGAACAGGUUUGCAUUAACCA